GCGAAUAUUGUUAUUCGUCGCCCACCCUGGAUGAGAAGGUCAUCUUCAAGUAUCUGCAAGUCCUAAUUUUACGUGUUCAUCGCAACUCUGCACAUAUCACUCCAAGAACCACUCAUCAUGUCAUUCACAAACGAAGCCCGCUCCGACGUACCCACAUUUCCGGGCACUCACUCUGGUACCCCGGCCUGCCUCCUGGAAAAGGCGAGGAAAACCAAAGAAGGUAUUUGUGAUGGAAGGGUAAAGCCGAAACGAGAGAGACAACGCCUCCUAGUUGUGCCCCAGGGGAUUAAGAGAGACGACUUCGUUACUGCACUCGAGGAUCUCAAGGGGCAGCUCGGGGCUGACAAUGUCGAGGUCAACGACAAGCUACUUAAGGAUGCCGUUAUGGGAGUUGCUGUUUCUUAAUGAUAUAUGCAGCGAGAACGCAGAAUAACGGGGUUCGUAUAGAAAGUUGAGAGACAGGCGAAAGCUGAGGCUGGAAGUAAGUCAGGUGAUGGGGAAGUUGAAGAGAGUUCCCGAGGAACUACUUGGUGCGGGUUGGCCAGAUUUCCGAAGAGUGGCAGGAGUCGGGGUGCCGAUGCGGACUUGUGUGUGCUUAGAUGUUUGAAAGUUUCUGACCGCCCAACGCCGCGGAAAUGUUUUUCCUGCUAUUUCCGCCCGAGACCCGAGGCAAAAAAGCAAAUCCGGUCGUCACGCCGAGAUACCCGCCUCGCUUACUCAUGGGCAUCGGCUAGCAAGGUAAUCUGAAGCACGCGGAACUUAUUAAAAA